AUGGCCAGGCGUUGGAUCAGCUAUAGUGUCGACGAGGACCGGCGAAGCCGGCGCGACCGGAGAUGGCGAUUGCGCUGGCCGUGGAACUGGGGUCGCGGCCCUGGCUACGGACGUCCCCACGUGGUGCGGGACCGGCCCAGCCGACAGCGCGGCCGGUCCCGCGACGACGGCGAGCGACGCAGCAUCUGGCCGUGGCUGUUGCUCCUGCUGCUUUUGCUGUUGUUCCUGGGGGCCCUCGUGUUGUUCCUGCUUGACGAUCCCGAGGAGAACGGCAGCGCCGAACAGACCGGCGGGACUGGCGAGCCCGCCGCGCCCGGGGACCUGGUUGCGGGCGGUGUCGUGCCACCGGUCGGCUCGGCCCUGGCCUUGACCCGCGCCGAUGACGGCAGCACCAUGGUUUCCGUUCCGGAACGCCCUUCGCUGCGGCUGGGAGAGGACGCGAAGGUCAUCGACCUCGGCGACGGCUCCUGCCACGACCAACGCUACGUCCUGAUGACCGACGGCAAGGCUGUCCCCAUAGAGGACCUCGACGAGGCGACGGUCGACGCGCUGGCCCGGUCCAAUGUGGCGAUCGACACCGUGGCCCUCAGCCCGGGGGCCGACACGAGCGCCCUGCGGGCCAUCGCCUCCCGCACCGGUGGGACGUUCACGAAAAUGGAGUAA